GGCCAUAUUCAUGCUGUCAAACUGUGUAAAAAUUUCUGCGGCGUUUUUCCUACCAUUAAUUUUGGAAUUGAAUUUUCUUGGUCUGACUACGACUUAAAAUUUGUAAAAACUCACAUUUCGCUUUGUGAAAAUGUCUUUCAGUGGUCAAUCUAACCCACCAUGGCAACGCAAUUCAAUGAAUAAUUCAAUGCAAGGUAUGGGUUUUCAUCAAAACUCGCAAAUGUUUAUGAACCAGCAAGGCGGCCAGCAGAAUCAAAAUAUGCAAUAUAAUCAAAUUGGUUCCGGUAAUGUUAACCAAAUGUCUAAUAAUCAAGUGUUUCAACAGCAAGGGGUUGCGUACCCAUCUCGCACGGGCCUAAAUCCGGUUGCUUUUUCGAAUAACAAUUCAGGCUCGACCCCAACUCAACAAAAUAACAUGAAUGUACAUGGCGGCCAGAACAGGCAAACGUACAAUUCGAUGGGUACGGUCACCAAAAUAAGCAGUGAUUGCGGAUUGGUAAACGAUGAAGUGCUCUUCUAUAAAAAUAUAUGCAAGGGCGUCGUCCCUAAAGUUGGAGAUCGAGUUCUGUUUGAGUCGAGCUAUAGCACAACAUCUCAAUUUAAAUGGAAUGCCACAAGGGUUCAAUUAGUUUCGCAAGCUACAUCGCAGCCUAACCAGGCUCCUCCGCCACCGUUGAUGGGACAACGUGUUAAUAAAUCAUCUUCUGGGUAUAAUGCUGUACCGCCGCCAGUUGAGUAUAGAGCACUCGCUGCCAGUCAGAGAAGGGGGUCGCCAGGAGCAGCUAGACGUGGUUCUCCUAAUAACGAUCGGCACUCUAAUCGCGAUCGAAAGGAUUCCAACAAAGGAAGAGAUCGAAACGAACGUAACGAUAUUGAAAGUGAUCGCAAGCGACGUCGCGAUGAAAGUCCAAGGCCUCGUGAUCGCGAUAGACGUGACCAGGACAGACGUGAUGUAAGCCUUGAUAAAAAAGAUCGUGAUCGUAGUCCAGUUCGACGACUGUCUCCAAAAAGACGGAAAACUCGACCAAUUCCACGUUACGCUGUUCAAAUUCCAAAAACAUUAUUAACAUUUAAAAGUGGUGGAGUUCAAGAAAUCAAGCGUCGUUAUUCGAAUUUAUAUAUUCCUUCGGAUUUCUUUCACACCAAGGUUCGGUGGUCAGAAACAUUCACUCCUGACAAUCCAUUCUCCAUGCGGCGUCCAUGCACAUUUCAUAUUGCUCACAAGCUAGUGGAACCAUUGAAUGAUCAAAGACCUGAAAUUGAACCCGAUGAUGCCGAUUAUAUUUUUUCGGCAAAAGUAAUGCUAAUGGGUUGUCCUCCAUUAUCUGAAUUGUAUCAGAGAUGUUUUAACCUAGAUGAACACGAAGAUACACACAAUUGCGUUCAUCCGUCGCGUUUGAUAAAUUUUUUGGUCGGAACAAGAGCACGUAAUGAGCCAAUGGCGAUUGGUGGACCAUGGAGCCCAUCUUUGGAUGGAGAAAAUCCUGAUAAGGACCCUGCGGUUUUGAUUCGAACGGCUAUAAGAAAUUGCAAAGCUUUGACUGGAAUUGAUUUGUCCAAUUGCACUCAAUGGUACCGCUUCGUGGAGCUAUACUACCACCGUGCAGAUUACACAAGCAAAGGAAAAGUCAUACCGUCGCGGGUGGAAACUGUUGUUAUCUAUCUACCAGAUAUACAUUCUUGUAUGCCGACCCGAUCUGAAUGGGAAAAUCUUGCUGCUGACUAUAAGGUUGCUGCUACAAAUCACCUUAAUCGACUUAAAAGUGCUGGUCAACAAUCAACGUCUGCUGCCUCAUCGGAGGAAGGAAAAUCAACUAAAGAAGCAGAUGAAGCAGCUACUGGUCCUGAUUCUGCAACAUCGUUGGCAAAUUUAGGUGGAGACACUGGAGGCAAUCAACACGAUGAAAAUGGAACAGAGAAGGAAGAUAAUAAGAAAGAACCAACGCAUUAUUCAAAAUUAGAUCUAAAAACAAUGAAAAUACAGGAAAUACGUGAUGAGUUAAUAGCACGUAAUUUAUCCUCUAAAGGUCUUAAGCCCCAGGUGUCGGCUCGUUUGGCAAAAGUUUUAUCAGCUGAAAAAGAUAAAGAUAAAAGCGAUACUGAAAAAGAUGAUGAAGACACCAAGAAAGCUGAUGAUAGACCAGAUGAUGCGGAAAUGAAGGAGGAAGAUCCUGAUGCUGGAAUUGAAGUUGAUAUGACAGACAUUGUUAUAUUAGACGAAUAUGACUCUAGUAAAAAUCCAGAUGGUGAAAAUCAAGAAAAGGAACCAAACAAUGAGUUAGAUGAUAAAGAACGCAAGCAAUUACAACGUCGAUACGUUCUUCCAGAGGAACCGCACGUUAUUGUUCACCCUUCUAAGACUGCGAAGGAAGGAAAGUUUGAUUGCACCGUCAUGUCGUUGUCUGUCCUAUUGGAUUACCGUCCCGAAGACACUAAAGAAAGAUUUUUUGAGGUUUCUCUGUUUGCUGAACUAUUUAACGAAAUGUUGAUGAGAGAUUUCGGAUUCAAUAUUUUCAAAGAAUUGUACUUUCACAAAGAGCCAGUUGUCGAAAAGGACGAAACUAAAAAAGAUGAAAAUAAGACAAAUGAUGACGAUGAAAAGUCUAAGGACAGUCAAGAUCAAACUUCCGAGAAGAAAUCAAUAGGCGAAAGUGAGAAAAAAGACAAAAAUAGUCGCGACCGGCGUAAAAAACCUACUGACGAGGAUACUGAAGACGAGAGUUAUUCAGUGCACUCAAGUGACCGAAAAAGGAAAUCAGAUAGGAAAAUGUGUGUUGUUAAACCACAUCUUUUACUUUCACUAAUCUAUUUCGAUACUUGCCACUGUGGGUAUAUUUUUGAAAAAGACUUGGAGGAAUUAUUUUUAAUCCUUGGUCUGAAUCUAUCCCGCGCAGAGAUUAGAAAAUCACUUUCAAAGUCGGUGUCAAGGCAUGCAUUUUACUACAGAAAGCUAACCGAUGCGGAAGAGAAACCCGAAAAUACUGUUAAAGACAUAGACGCAGAAGAUGAAUUCCCAAUAGAAGAAUUAAAAAGAAUUGCUUCUGGUAAUAACUGCUUAUUACCGGUAUUUAAGGGUUCUGAUGAUAGUGAAGUGGAAAGCUCAAAAGCAGUUGAUUGUGUUUCUACGAAUGAUGGCAUGGUUACUCAUAAUGGAGUGUUGGUACAUGUUGGAAAAUUAUUUGAACAAAAUAAACGUUACGAGAAAUCAUAUUCGGAAUUAGAACAAAUGUAUAUUGAAUUAAAGAAGAACCAUGCAGAACUACAAGCAAGCAACACCAAGACUAACAAUAAGACCAAGGACCUCCAGAGCGAAGUUAAAAGUCUUCUUAGAAAACUGAGCGAUGCGGAUCAAGAUUUAUUCACUUUGAAUAGAAAGUACAGUGACCAGCACUCUGCAUUAAUGUACUGUUAUGAUAAAAUAGCACCAUUUGUCCCUAGAUCCGAGAAGAACCAUAAAUCAAUUGAGGGGUCACGUGAUCGAGAAGGUACUAAAGAGAAGAAGGACGACAAGGAAAAGAAAGAAGAAAAGGAUAAGAAAGAAGAUAAGGAAAAGGAUAAGAAAGACGAAAAAGAAAAACCGGACGAUAAAGUUGAAAAAGAAAAUCAAUCGAUUGAAAAGAUUGACGUUGAAAAAGACUCCUCGAAACCCGAAGUUAAAAAGGAGGUAGAAUGAACAAAAUAAAAGAGUAUUUUAUAGAUUUGCUUAGACUAAUGAAUUAAGAUUUUUUUCUUGGGUAACUUAUCAAUAUUAGAUGGCAUAUAAAUAAACUGAAUUAAUAAACUAUAUAAAUUUAUUGGAAAAUAA